AAAGAGAUCGUAUAUUCACCAACCCGUUCGACGAAAUGCCUUCGUCCUUAACUCGAAGACUAAUUGGUUUCCCUACCCUCACAUCCUCUCGCAAACAUUGUUCAGGGGCACACUCCAGAAGGGCGAUGGUGACUCUAGUGGUGGCCACCACCCUUGACCCGGCCUCUAUCGGCCCCGCCUCCGCCCUCUUAGCCAUGCCGGGCUGGCACCCCGGCCCAUUUCUUCAGGACAUGGCAAGUUUUGUGAACAAAUACGUAAGGUUAUUGAAACACGAUAACUCCAGUAUUACAGAGGAUCACCUGGACAAACGGUGGGAGGCUGCCACCGGAGAGGUUGUCGAUGACGUUAUAUUUCUUAGCAGACACACGGCUGCCUCAAAGCGACCUGCACUAACCAUUCACCCAAUCGGCGUUCCUCAUUUAAGAGAAGAUGAGGUGCCACCAGCUGGUGGCAAACCUGGAUGGGCUGCACCUCCUAAUACCCGAAUGGGGCCAUGGUUGAGACUAUUAAAGGUCAUUGCUGAAUCACACAAUCUGACUCCUGAAUUUGAGGUUACAUUGGAGGCCACACAUCAUGGACCUGUAAUUGAUUCGCCCACCAUGUUUGUGGAAAUUGGUAGCACAGAAGAGUACUGGAAGAGGCAAGAUGCAGCACAAGCUAUUGCUCUAUUAGUUUGGAAAGGACUGGGGCUCGAUGGAGGGGUUCCUGUUGGAGAUUGGCAUAGGAAUAAUGGAAAAGGCAAAAUCCUUCUAGGGUUUGGUGGUGGACACUAUGUCCCAAGGCAUAUGGAUGUUGUUAUGAAAAAUGAUAUUUGGGUUGGGCACCUAAUUUCGGGAUAUUCAUUGCUAAUGGAAGACAAUGGAGAUGCUGGAAUAGGUGGAACAUGGAGGGAAGCAAUCAAAGUUGCAUAUCAAGUUACAAAAAAAGCCUUCCCAGGGGGUGAAGUUCUUGCUCAUCUUGAUCAAAAGAGCUUUAAAAGUUGGCAAAAAAAUGCCAUUUUGAGCUUCUUGAAAGAAGAGAAUAUAAACGUUGGCAAGCCUUCUGAUUUUUGCUGAUUGUUUCAUGAAAUUACAAAAUCCAUCAACAUUGAUGGUCUGAUGGCAUAUUUAUUCUUUGGGUACUUUACACCAAAUUGUUACACAUUGAUUAAUUCAUAUAUUGGAAACUCGA